GCGCUCCGCUACCCAUCGGCUGAGACGAGCGCUCCCGGGAUCAACGAGUACUAUAUUUACAUAAAUACCCCUAGCGCGAAGGCAUUGAAGUAAGACUCAGGUCAAGCACUUUCGCCUUUGAAGUCUCCACUUGCCACCCAAUCACCCCCGUUUAGUUCGCAAUGGCCGCACUCUCCUUGGACAGCUCCCUCGUCCUCUAUUCCAUUCCCGCGGCGUGGUUCACGUCGUAUUACCCGAGCGUCUUGAAGUUCCUUACUAUCGAUAAGACCACUGGGUACAACAAUCUUCAACCCCGUUCAAAUGUAGCCAAGACGAAGGAAAACAAGAACGUCCCCUCUGAAGUCGCAGACCGCAUUGCGAGGAUGGAGGCCGCUCACCUCAAUGGCAAUGAGGCAUUCCCUCUGUGGGCUGCUGCUGCGUUGGCAGCGCAUGUCGUGGGCCUCGAUAAUCGAGUUGUCAACAAGAUUUCCUUGGCGUUCAUUGGUUUGCGGGUGCUCUUCAACACGGUUUACAUUAACCAAAGGACGGUCGGUCAGAGCUGGCUGCGAACUGGGCUUUGGGUUGCUGCAACUUCAUUGCCUGUCACUUUGCUCAUCAAGGCCGCGAACAAGGUCGCUCGAUCAUGAGAGUCGCGCGCCGGUGGAACGAACAUGGAAAUAGCUUCCUCCCCGCUCAAUGUAUAUAUACUUUCUUUGACUACUAAUGCGUGACGCUUUCUC